CAAUCAGUCUACUUACAGAUGAACAAGAUACGCCAGUUUGUUUUGCGAUUUGAUUAAACGAUUGACCUGCCUGAAACCGUCCAACGAUUCGAUUUCUUUCUUGUAUCGUUGUUUCACCGAAACUUCUAUCAGGUCUACGUUGAGUGGUAUCAUGACUUCCACUUGAUGACGGGGUAGGGUUUAUGUCCGGCAUAGAGGGUCUUUAGUUGAGAGAAAUGAAGAUCAGGUAAAGUCAGAGAAAUGCUGUUUUUCCUUCAUCCUUUGCUAGACAAUUGACAAUUUCUAUUGCAAGCUUAUAUGCUUAUACGCGCAUCUUUCGUGUUGGCGUAAUGCAAAAGUGACGCAUAAGGCUUUUGUGUCACACGUGAACUCAUCUUGCGAAAAACCAAUCUUCCGAGGGGAUUUUUGAAUUGACUUCAAGGUUGCUUCAUCACAACCUUACAGCAUUCUCAAUCGAAAAUGAUUGGCAAAAGGCAGGAGAUAAACGUACUUUGUGCUCACUUUCGAGCCACAAAAGCAAGGCACAUACACUCUACCGGUAUAAUAGCAUCUCGAACAAACUCAUCAGCAGAAUCAAGCUCUGCCUCCUCCACCCCGAAAAGGUCAUCAAAGAAUCGUUCGGACAUUCUCGAUCCUGAAACAGUAGAUCUUGUAGGUCCGCCUGAUUCAAUAUCCAAUAUUCGUCCGAUGGUCUAUGCCCCCAGCAAAUCUUUUGAUCGUAGAAGAAACAAGUCUCCUUCUACGUCUGCCAACGUUACCCAACAACCACAUCCCUAUUCUCCUAAUGAAUUCCAUCAAACGGCUAGCAGCACUUUCUCAACCUCUCAACAAAAACCAAAAGGACUUGGUAUGUUCCGUUUAUAUCGCGAAUAUGUUGAUCAUGUAUGCGAUCGUGUAGAAGAGGUGGACAUGAAAUUGAGAUUGAGCAAAUUGACCACAGAUUCAACCACUCAACGAUUUUGGAGGGAUAACAAUACUCGUUUUAGUCGUGAUAUGCAAGCUUGGGCACAAAAUAACAAUAAUGAUCAAGAUGUGAGAAACUUAAGCAAUUCCAUAAAGGAGUCUUCUGGAAAUAAUGCUUUGGUCAAAGCACCAAAAAUCGAAGAAAAUCUGAUCACUGCACCUUCAAGUGAAUCAGACUUUUAUGCUACUUGGCUCAAAGCCAAUGCUAAAAGGAAUAAAGCAUACAACGUUCUGGUUUGGAAACAGGCUUUCGAUCAAGUCAGACUAGGUGCACAAGUAAGCAUUUGGACGUAUUGGCUAAAGGUUCUACGUAAGUUAGAAGGGUAAGGGAUUAUGAGCGAUUGUAUGAGUAUCUUAAGGAAAUAAUGAAUGAUCUAUAUGCAUCUCCCUUAUUCUUCUUGUUCAAACGUCAAAGGACGGAAUGCGUAUCCUGUUGCCAUGUAAUGUUUAGAGCAUCCUUCAACCCAAUGCAAACGUAAUGCAUGCAAGAAUGCACUCAAUCCUUCCAUCAAAACCAAAACGGCAAUA